GGAGCACGAAUAGGACAAAGCGUCCGCGAAGGUAACCGUGAUGGUGCCGCUGGCGGAGCUGGUGGUAUUGUUACCGAUACUAUUGGCUGGUGUUGUUGCACUUGACGACGGGUUGAGAAGUAAGUGCGACUCGACGAUGCGUGUACCGCGUAUAUUCGGCGAUAUUCAGGCUGGAUUCGCGCAUGGUGACAACGUUCGUGUUUGCGAGAGAAUUUAAAUGCUCGACGGAGUGCACGCAUCAUACGCGCGAGUGUGUCGUUGUGCAUUACUGACGAGAGGGACACACGCUCGUAGGGAAACUCCGCGCACAAAGGAGAGAGAGCGGGCCGAUGUUGUAACGCACGUGCCAAAAUGGAUGAGCAAAACGGCGGUAUCGGCGAUAUAAAUAGUGCGGCGGUGGCUAAAGCCUUAAUUAUACCACGCAAGAAGAGAAUAUGCUUAGUUGGCACAGCCUGCAAUGACCCUGCACUUGGUCAUGCUGCUCUGCAGUUUAAAGUAUCUGUACUCAAGUCAGAAACCGGAACAGAAUAUGUCGAAGACACUAGUUACAACACUUAUUUUGUACUCAAGCAGUUUGAAGGACCUGAGUUUGAUGCCUUGUGCAAGAGUGCUCAUAGAAUACUGGGACCCACGGCUCUGCUGCAACUGGCAGAGAAGAAAGAUUCUCUGCCUAGUAUCAAACGACCAUUAUACACACAAGCUAUGGUAGGCACGGUAGUGGUGUUCAGCGGAUUUCGAGCUAAAGAGGAUGAACUGCGCAAAUUAGCUAAUAUGAUUCUUAGUAUGGGAGGUAGUAUCCGUAAAGAGAUGGGUAUGAAGGUGACGCAUCUCAUUGCAAACCAUUGCAGUGGAGAGAAGUAUAGAUAUGCCGACACAUUUGGAUUGCCUAUUAUGUCAGUAGAGUGGGUGAUAGCAUUAUGGAAUGCCAAAGAUGAUGUUUCCAGUCGUGCGAAUGCAUUAAUAACAACAUAUAAGCUAAAGCCAUUUUAUGGAGCAAAAGUGUGUUUUUUUGGUUUUCCCGAAGAAGAGAAGAAACAUAUGUGUGAAGUUCUGGAGCAACAAGGUGGUGAACCUACUGAAAUAGAUGAUCCAAAUUGCACUCAUGUGGUUGUAGAUGAGUCCAAUGUAAAUGUACUGCCAAACUUGGGUGCGGUCUCAGCUUUCAUAGUCAAAACUGGAUGGUUCUGGACAUCUGUACAAAAUGAGGCAGCGGCCGAUGAGAAAGACUAUUUGUUUGAACACUAUCUAGAGACAGUUCUGUCCCCUAGUGCGUCUGGCAGACGAGACAGUCAACAAAUUGCAGGACAGAGUGUAGCGUUACCAAAGCAUCCCUACUGGUUAGGUGCUCCAUUAUCUAAUUUGUUGCAGAAUGGGGCGGAUUCACCGGCAAGUGUCAGUGGAAGCUUCCUAGAUUGUACGGCGAGUCCUGACAAACAAUUGUUGGACGCAAAUAUUCCAGAGGUAGAAGCUAUCGAUAUAAAAAAGGCUAGGGGAAACUUGUCGAAACGUCAUCAAGUUUUCCUUGAAUUAGUAGAGACUGAAUCCAAUUAUGUGGGUAUUCUUAACACAAUUAUGACGCUGUUUAAGUUACCACUAGAGAAUCUUAUCGGGAAGAGUGGGAAAGAAUUAUUAAAUAGUACAGAGGCCAGAAUAAUAUUUGGAAAUUUUCCACCCAUCUAUGACGUUCAUAAACAAUUGUUAGAGUCACUGCGUUACAGUGCCACACAUUGGACAGAGGACAUCAGUAUCGGCAAGAUAUUCCUCAAGUUUGAGCCAGAUUUGGUUAAAGCGUACCCGCCAUAUGUUAACUUCUUCGAGAAUACAAAACAAAUGUUGGACCAAUGUGAUCAAAACAAACCACGAUUCCAUGCCUUUUUGAAAAACUGUCAGACGAUACCGGAAUGUGGUAGACAAAGCUUGAAAGAGCUGUUAAUUAAACCAGUACAAAGGUUACCCAGUAUUAAUUUAUUAUUAAACGAUAUUCUUAAGCAUACCGACAAAAGUAAUCCAGAUUAUAGCGCAUUGGAAGCUUCUAUUAGCUGUAUUAAGAAUGUCAUGACGUACAUAAAUGAAGACAAAAGGAAAACGGAGCGCCAGUUAGCAAUGUUCGAUAUCUUCAAUGAGAUUGAUAAUUGCCCACCGCAUUUAGUUUCCUCGCACAGAUCAUUCGUUGCCAAAUGUGACGUAAUGGAACUUACAGAAGGUCUCAGUGGACGAGGUGAUCAUUUGGUAUUGUUUCUAUUUACCGAUACUCUCGAAGUAUGCAAGAAAAGGUCGAAAGCUUUUAACUCGAUGAAAAGUCCCAACACGAUGAACGGCUUGCAGUCGAGCAAAUUAAGUCAAGGAAAGCCGUACAAACAUAUAAAACUACUAUCGUUAAAUACUAUACGGAAAGUCGUGGACAUUCGGGAAACAGAAGAAUGUCACAAAGUGUUUGCGCUUGUGGUGCGAAGUAAUCAAGAAUUAAAGGAAAAGUUGUUCUCAUUCGUGAUCACCGAUGAAGAAGUGAACAAAACAAAUUAUUUGCGGACUUUGUGCAGACAAAUGGCCAUCGCUAUUUGCGUAGCUGACGCGGACACGCUACUCAUCAGCCACGAUUCACAUCAGUUUGAAAUUGAUACCAGCGAUAUAGCGUCGGGAACAUUAAAGAAAACAAUUAAGAGCCUAUUUCAUAAUUUUUACCUGGAGUAUAUGGACCCGUAUGUGUUCCUACUCAAUAGCAUGUGUGAAACUACGUUACAUGUCCCACUACCGUUCGCAUCUCGUACAAGAGCGAGAGUUGGCCGAGCUUUUAGUUUCAAUAAAACUCCAAGCAAAUUAAAUAGAGCGAUGUCUACAAUUAUGUCGCCGUUUGGGGUGCCGCAAAAUCUUGCACCAACGAGUCAACAGAGAAAUCAGAUGCGGCUAGGUAGCUGCAGCAAUAUCAAUGAACUGGAUAAUGAUGGUUCAAGUUCUCCAACUAGAGACGACGUUAUUGUAGCGCCGAUGUCGGAUCAACCUACUCGAAAGGCUCUCAGUAUGGCUUCGCUGCGAAGGUUGUAAUUAGUAUGCAAAGAAGUCAUAUUUUCUUUCUUGCUACAGUCGUAUAGUAUUCUGACAAAGAGACGUGCAUUUUUAACAAACUACUGUGGUAUGUUAAACUAAUAUAAAUAUAUAUAUAUAUACAUAGUCUAUACAUAUUGACAUAUAUAAAGAUGUUAAUUAUGGCUAAAGCAAGACAGUCUCGAGGACGCAGCAUAACAUUUCUGCCGUUAUAAUUCCGAGUAAUCGCAAUCGUUCAGUUCUCUUUUUUUUCCCCCACGAAAAAAUUCAAUACAAUUUUCCGAAUAACGUCUUGUGUCCUUGAAUGCAUCAUCAUAAAAAAUGAUAUUAUUGUUGUUAGUGCCAAUAAUACCUAGUUAUUAUUGUUGCAUAACUAUUAUUAACAUUUUUAUUUAUUUUAUAUAUAUAAUAUUACCUUGUAAUUAUUGUACAUGUCUAUUAUUAGUUUUACGCACACGCUCGCCGGUAAGAUGAUGUACGAUUUCCUUUUACUGUCUCACAUCUCCAUCUAAUAUCGGAUAUUAGACGGACGAGAAUUGUUGUAAUAUAACGGACUAUUGUCGCUUGAUAGAGACUACACUAGCACCUCGUCGAGUCGAUUCAGUUACUUCGUUAGGCAUCGUUAGAUAUCGUAGCGAAUGAGGGGUUAUUUGUUCACGUGUUUCCUAAUUGUUACUCGAAGAAACGAAACUGACGAACUGCGCGCAAAGUGUACAUAUAUACGCUUUAUACGUUAGGAAAAACAAACGGCGUUAUUCAUUAUAUUUCGUUUAAAUCUCCGAUUCGUCUUUGACGAAUUAACCGCAGAAACAACGGUGGCCCGAACUGAUCCAGGCAUCGUUCAGGCAAGGACUAAUUAAUGUGUCCCAGCGCACUUACAAUCCCCGAUGUCUUCUCUAAUACGCAAAGAGAGAACACUUAUUCCUUUAAAAAUGGAUUCAGCAAGUAUGCUUACGUCUAGUCGCAGCAUGGAAGAAAACAUAGAUCGCUAUCCAGUUGAUGGUUCUUGUUCUUUUCUUUUUUUUUUUUUCUUUCUAUGCUACUGACAUCCGAGAUUUGUGCAAUUUUACCGUUUCACUAUCUUUGUUUCUGUUCUUCUAUUCAUUAGAAUUUCUUCUGCGGAGGUCGUAUAGAGUAGGUCCGAUUUUCGAACAGCAAAAUUAUUACGUGCUACUACCGCUUCAUCUUUAAUUGUUAUCGAUAAUUCAUCCGGGGAUGCGGGUCCAUUCACGAAGCUGAUAAGUCCAAGCACUUUAUCGCAGAUAGAAUUAGGUUUCCGAGGAAAACUCGGUGCCUUGGUGCACUAUGUGGAAAAUAUUCAAUAGUCCAAAACCUGAGUAAAUGAUUUUAAUAAUUUGUUAUACUUGCCAAUAUGUGCCAAUGCGUAUGUACCAUGUACAUUCAAUGACGAAACUGUCCACACAUCGCCGAUUGCUACGAAACAAAAUGGUUCAUUCUGACAAUACUGUGAUCUUCAGUGACUUCCGAUUCUCGAUCGGUCCGGUUUAUCACAGGGUGAUAAUUUAUUAUUAUUUUACAUCUCGACAACAUUUGACGCGAAAAUUGCAAGAAUAGCCGAGAAUAAAAUUCCGUGAUUUUGCAGUAUCGAUAGGGAAACGAAACGAAAAUAUAGACGGAUUUGCGAAAUCUUUUUUACAAGUAUUUGUUAGUUAUCCCGCGUACGCGGUGGAAGAAGUUGGAGAAUUUCCGGUGUCAGAUGUGAUCGUUAGAAAUUGUCUGGAACAAAGAUAAACACACACCGCUUCCUUCCGAAUAAUUAAUUAUAUAAUGACAAUGAGAAAAAUAUUAUAAGCUGCUCCACACAUACACGCGCGCACACGCACACACACACAUAUUAGCAUUUCUUUAAUAGUCCGUUAUUUUAAAACAAAAUCGUUCUAAGGCUCUGAAGUUUAUUUUUCGUUGAGCCAGUAGCGUGAAGUAAAAGGAGGUUAUACAUUUAGUUUAUUUGCAAAAUAAUCGAUUGUUAAAUGUGCUCGGCGAAAGAUCUUAUAGGUGUGAUUUUCGUCUCCUUUUUUUGUUUCCUCUUCCUUUCUGCAGUCUUCUCGCUGUGGUUUAUUCGAUCAAUAUGUCUCGUGCCUUGAUUCGUUCUUAAGAAAUUACGAUAGCGCCGUUUUUAAAUUGAUAGAACCGAGGAUCGAGUUUCAACGUUUCAUAAUACUUUGUACUUGUAAUGGCGAGCCUCGACUUUGUACGUCUUUUAUACCAUCUUAAGCGAUAAAGAUCCCGUGAUGUCAAGUCGAUAAAUAUAUUUUUAGAGCAUCGUGCAUAUUGAUUGAUUGAACAGAAGCAGAGCGAGAGAGAGAGAGAGAGAGAGAAACUGCCGAGAAGAAAAGCGAAGAGAAUGCAAUAGAAAAUUUUGGUUAUCACUUAUAAGGUCUCGCUGGCAUGCGGGUUCACCGAUCGAGGUGUAUUCCUCCCUCUCUCUUCUUACAAUAAAUAAUAAUUAGUGCCUUGUGUGAUUGGGGGGUGCGGGCGGGGUUUUGUAUCAUACGACAGUGUGUGUACAUUGUGAAUGUGAAUUAACGCGCGAUUCUCGCGCAAGAAGCGUAAAUUAGCGACGUGUAUUUGUCUCGCGAUUUGCCCAAGUCUCUCCGGGAAUGUAGUAUUUUGUGCCCGCGCCAAUACACGCCAUUCAUAUUAGAUACUUAAGAUUUGCUACUUGUCGACAUGGCUGUAUUCGCUUUCGAAAACGGUGACACGGUACUUUGUACUUGUUUAUGACGCAGCGUAUAUCCCGUAACAACGAAACAGUGCUUCUUGCGGACACCAUUAAAUAUACAAUACCUGCUCAAAGCAGGUAUUGUCUAUUUGCAAUCGUUCUAAUGAGAGCCGCCGGACAAAGUAGCUUUCGCGCGUUUCGCCGAGAGGAGGCAAAACGUUAACGCGCAGCAUCAGUUUGCGUCACCGGGUGUAAACUUGAUCCAACGGGACGUGAAAUCUUAUACACCUUAAAUGUGAAACUGCGAUCGUUGCGGGAUCCUGCAAGACGAGGACAAUAACGAUUUUAUCCUGCUGCUUUGUCGCACGGCUCGAGUCACCCAGUAAGAAAGUUCGAUAGUAACAAAUGUCCGAACUCGAACAUUCGUCUCAUGCGUAGACGCCGGUGUCAUCGUCGAUCUGAGAGAUCGCUAAUCAACGGUGCAGCCGCACGGAGAAAACGCAUCGGUCGUACGCGCCUCGCGCGUCACCGGCUCCGAGUAUCAUUUCUUCCCCCUUAUCUCGAAGAGUAUUAGUCAAGGAGACGUGGUGCGAAAAAAAGAGCGAGCGAGAGGGAGAGAGAGAGAGAGGGGCAAAGCUGUGUAGUUAUAUGCGCCGAGACGAGAGUGUCUCUCCGAGUUAUCACAAACGUAUUGUAAAUAGUAAAGAUAAGUAACUUAAGAUAGCGGAAACGCAUCGUAAUAUAGACGACAUUUUGUACUACACGCGUAAGGUUCGUAUCGUAAUUAUCGCCUUAUGAUUCUCCGCGUAGUCGUUAUUAUUUAUAUUAUACUGUAAGUGAAUGUAUAAAUCUUAAUCUCUCCAUUAUGUAAAGCCAAAAACAACACGUAUACACAGACACAAUACAUACACACACACACACACACACGGGAUGAUGCAUUGUUCAUUCACGAGUAAGUUCGUCCGUUUCCCUCCCGCUGCUCAUCCGUCUCGCUUUUCCGAGCCGACACGGCUCUCCAGCGACACGCUUUGUUAUCGCCGAAGGUUCGUUCUUGAAGAGCCGCGCUAUCGCCGUUUUAUUGGCCGCGAUGAGAGACACAUUUGCAUCUUGCGCGGUGUGCGUGGGAUCCGCCGGAGAGUGGAGAAACGGUUAACGUUACACGAAAUACAUGAGCACACACGGUGCGUCUGUGGUGUGUAUUAAAUUCGCGAAAUCAUAAACUGGGGACCAGCGAGCCGCGUCUAUCUUGUGCAGAUGAGCUUCAACCGUAUGUCCUUGCAACGAUGAGCGAUCGACCGAGUUAUUCUCCUCCGUUAUUCCACGUUCCUUGUGCUUCCUUACGACGGAGCGUGAGCGCAAAAAACACGCGACUUUCGGUGGCGGACGCCGGGGAGACUCGGCCGCGCGCCAAGGAAGAGAAACGCUUCCGCUUUGAAAUCGUUAGCUCCUAAAGCGCUCGCCGACGCCACGGCCGUCCCUCGAGGGGAUACUUUCUCGUCAGCCACCGAAUUAUUACUUCUCAUCUGCGCGCGGCGUCUUCGACGCGGAUUUCGUUCGGCGCGUCGCGCGACGUUACGUAAGCGUGCGGAUAUGUAACGACAUCGCGUCGCGGCGCUUAGUUACCGUGCGGCGCGUGUAUGCGCCGAACUAAUGUGUGUAUGUGUGUGUAUGCGUGCAUGUAACGUUAAUACUACUCUCCUGCGUCGCGAAUACGCGCGAGUUGAAUUUAUUGUACGAGUAACAUUCGUCAUAUUAAAUCACCACGACGUGCGCACCGAUAUCAACGGGGACUUUUGAGAUACGAGUAACACGAGUCUCACAUUUCCUGCAAUUUGCAUGUUUCAAUGUAAGUCUGAUCGACGAGAACGGAUAAUGUGGAUGCGAGGAUGUAUUGUCUUUGUGUAAUAUAUUAAAAAAGAAAAGAAACAUUCA